AUGUUGGCUGCUGCUUGUGAACAAUUUUUGGGCAAAACCGUUGCAGAGAUCCGAGAAGUGGCCCAAGAAACGCUCGAAGGACAUCAGCGUGCGAUUAUGGGAAACAUGACUGUGGAGGAGAUUUACAAAGAUCGUAAGAAAUUCUCCAAGGCAGUGUUCGAGGUGGCUAGUUCCGAUUUGGUCAAUAUGGGAAUCAGCGUGGCAGAAGAACAACGUGUGGCCGGACGGUUGUUGAACGACAUUAAAAUUGCCAAAGCGAAGCGUGAUUUCGAAUUGCAAAACGCGAGCUAUCAGAAAGAGGUACAGGCGAGGAAAGCCGAGUCCGAGAUGGCUUAUGAACUGCAAGCGGCAAAAACGCGCCAGCGAAUCAAGGAAGAAGAAAUGCAGAUUCUUGUCGUCGAACGUACGCAACAAAUCCAAGUGGAGGAGUUGGAAAAUGAGCGUCAACAGCGUCAUUUGGAUGCCACUGUCCGGAAACCAGCCGAGGCCGAACGGUUCCGUUUGGAACGUCUCGCAGAAGCCGACCGUCUUCGACUGAUCGCCGAAUCAGAGGCUGAGGCAGAACGCAUCCGGCUUCGUGGUCUGGCCGAGGCGGAAGCCCUGAACGCGGUAGCCAAAGCAGAGGCAGAACAGAUGAUGAAAAAGGCCGAAGCCUGGCAGGCGUACAAAGGAGCCGCUCGACUAGAAAUGGUGUUACAAGCUUUGCCCAAAUUGGCCGCUGAGAUCAGUGCACCGUUGGCCCAAUGCGAAAAAGUGACCAUGGUUUCCACCGGGGAUGGGGAUAUCGGGGUCUCCCGCCUGACCGGGGAAGUGCUUCAACUGAUGACGCAAUUACCAAAAGUGGUUCAGUCCAUGACUGGCGUGGAUCUGUUCAAAACAGCGCAAUCAGUCUGA